GUAGCUCAUGCAGGAAGUGCUGAGAGAUGGGCACAGUGCAAGCAGUGGGUGGGAGCUGCUGCCGCACACUGAAGCCCUGAGCCUUGAGACAGGCAGUCUGCUUUCUGAAAAACAACACGAGGCUGGAAAGCCAAGAGGCUCAGGCUCCUCUCAGCCAUGUGACUCCUUUGCUGCCUGACUUGCUGGGACAGAAGACUACGAAGCACAUUUUCCAGGAAGUGUGGGCUGCGACGAUUGUGCGCUCUUAACUAAUCCUGAGUAAGGCGGCCACUUUGACAGUCUUCUCAUGCUGCCUCUGUCACCUUCUUGGUCAGAAGACACCAUUUCGACUUUAAGCCAGCAUGAUAGAAACAUACAGUCAACCUUCUCCCCGAUCCGUGGCUCCCGGACUGCCCGGCAGCAUGAAAAUUCUUCUGUAUAUUUUUACAGCCUUUCUCAUCACCCAGAUGAUUGGCUCGGCGCUUUAUGCUGUGUACCUUCAUCGAAGACUGGAUAAGGUAGAAGAGGACGUAAGCUUUCAUGAAGAUUUUGUAUUCAUAAAACAGCUACAGAAAUGCAUCAAAGGAGAAGGAUCCUUAUCCUUGCUGAACUGCAAGGAGGUAAAAAGGAGAUAUGAAGACCUCAUCAAGGAUGUAAGUUUAAACACAGAAGAGAGAAAAGAAACCAGCUAUGAAAUGCAAAAAGGUGAUGAGGACCCUCAAAUUGCAGUACAUGUUGUCAGUGAGGCCAACAGUAAAACAACAUCUGUUCUACAGUGGGCCAAGAAAGGAUAUUAUACCAUGAAAAACAACUUGGUAACUCUCGAAGGUGGGAAACAGCUGACCAUUAAAAGACAAGGACUCUAUUAUGUAUACACCCAAGUCACCUUCUGUUCUAAUCAGCAGCCUUUGAGUAAAGACCCAUUUUUAGUCACCCUCUGUCUGAAGUCCACCAGCGGAUCUGAGAGAAUCUUACUCAGGGCGGCAAACACGCACAGUUCCUCCAAGCCCUGCGGCCAACAGUCUGUUCACUUGGGAGGAGUGUUUGAAUUGCAAGAAGAUUCUUCUUUGUUUGUCAACGUGACUGAUGCAAGCCAAGUGAUGCACGGAGUCGGCUUCACAUCUUUCGGCUUGCUCAAAAUCUGAACAGUGUGCUGUCCUAGGCUGCAGCAGGGCUGAUGCUGGCAGUCUUCCCCACACAGCAAAUCAGUUAGGACCCGCCCCCUGUUGAACUGCCUAUUUAUAACCCUUGGACCCUCCUCACAGAGAACUAUUUAUUAUGUACCCCAAGGCACAUAGAGCUGAGAUAAGAGAAUUACAGGGCAGGCAAAAAUCCUAACGGGCCCUGCUCUCUAAGAGCUUGUAACCUGAACCAGCAACUCUACUGAUGCAUGCAGUCAGAGAGCCCUAAGAAAAGGCCAAGCCGUGAAGCACAGAUGGCAGAGGUCAGAUGAAAGAACAGAUAACUGAGCAAGCUCGGCUGUGUGGCUUCAGGAGCAUGUCUUUCAGUGGACAGUGUACUUGGCUUGCCAGGAAAGAUGCAGAAGGGCUGCUGUGAGUCUUAGCUCACGAUCUGUUAUGGUUGGCUUGGGGUCCCCUGUGGCCCCAAGAGGUCAGUUUCUAAAGUCUCCCAGGGAGAACUGAGAAAGUCUGCCUCUACCUUCCCCCCAAUACCCAACACUCAGUCUUUACAUCUCUCUCUCUCUUUCUCUCCACACUCACACAUGCGCACACACACACACACAGACACACACACACACACACACACACACACACACACACCUCAUCGAGCCAUGCUCUUACUGACUGGUUCUCUUAUUCUCUACCCUGUCCCUGUCUCUAGCACUGUCAGGGCGGUGUAGACAGCAGCUCCUGGCCUGCCUAUUCCUCCUCGUGGGAUGACUGUAUUUAAAGGAAUCUGUUGUAGCUCCCUGCAGUCUCCAUUGUUUCUGUAGUGAACCUAAUGAUUAUGUCAUUAUUUAUUUUUGAAUAAUAAAGAGCCUCUACCAUGUUA